AUGAUAAAGAGUGGUCUCUGUCCGUACAAGGCCGAGCCUGUCCCCUACUACCGCAAAGUGAAGGCGGAAUGUGAGACAAGCUACCUGGAAGAGGUGAGAACUCUGCUCGAAUACUGCCUGGCCUCCCAGGUGCAUGUUAUCAGGCAACAUCAAGGUAAAGUCAGGAGCGACAAAGCCGAAUUGGAACCGUGCCAGUAUGCAGACGGUCACUGUCGCACCAAGGACGGGGGCCUCGUGUAUUGGACGGUGGACGCCAGCGUGAAAGAGAAAAGAACGGUGUGGACAGGAAGGGCAGAAGGAACAGGGAAUAUACUUGUUGUGUCCGCUCUGCAAGAGGCCUACACACUACCCUCUGGGUUAAAGGUGGGCACACAGAUCACGCAAGAGGGUGUGACAGUGAUAGUCAAGAGUGUGACCGAGACCACCACCAGGGUGAAGAGAGACACGGACGAGACGGUCAAGAAUGCUGUGGGUGCUGUGCAAGGAGAGGUAACAGGGAAAUUCCAGUAUUUGUCAUCUACCACAUUGAGUCCUAUGAAAUCCGCCAUCGACAACAUCUGUAUGGGGAUGGGUGUCCAUGACGGUAUGCUGAACUCCCUACUCAACUCAGCGCCUGAUUACUUCAUCAGGUGGAUUUUAGACAACGAGUAUCUCACCGCCAACAUCAUGGAUGACGUCGUACUCUAUUGGCCCUGCCAACCUGUGGCUAGAUGGUUUCCUACCCCCAACAUGACAGUGUGUUACUCCGAUCUUCCGAUCAACUUCCAUAACGGAGUGAUAUGGAUGUCUGGGUACUUGGACACACAGAAUGGAGACAUCAAAAUGCAAGCACCGGAGGUCAAUUGCUCCUCCUCUGUGCAUUGGUAUAAACAAGAGGGCAAAUAUUACACAAUGAGAGGCACCGCUGCUCAUGAAGUCAAUGCGGACGCAUUGCACAGACUUCCAAUGCGUGUCAACAAGACCGCACUCAGUGACCUACUCGUGCCAAAGUGGGACAACACCUGGGUAUGA